ACCGCAUCCGCAGAUUCGCGGCAGUACUCUAUCCCUACUAUGGAAGAAUACCGCUAAGUUUUUAACUGUUGUGUUUGUCAGUACCGAGUCGCAACGCGCGAGGUGAAAGUAUAUUUAACUAGUGUAUCUCUUGUGUCGCUUCAUCUCUGCGGUACGAUUAUGACUUUUUAAAAUGCACUUCAGCAAACGUCGUGCGCUUGGUUUUCGUAGUAUUGCAGACUGAAUCAGCAAGAACUCAUUAAGGGAAUUGUUCAAUAAACUUUCACACACCAGGUGAAGCGCUGAGACAGUUAGUGAAUAUGUGUCAUAUAUAUUAUGGGCAACACUGGCAGCCAUCUAUCCACCAACGUUAGUCUGAAAGAAGAACAAUGGGCUAACUCGUACCAGAAAAGCCAACAUUUACCAUCGAAAUUCGGCCAGCUGAGUCAGCAACACAGAGUGCUGCCAGAACAAGGCUUCCUGCCAAAAUUAAAACACACCGACAAUGGAGAAAUCCUACAAUCGGGCGGUACACUGACUGGAAGACAGAAGGCCAUUUUAGAAAAGGUGGUUAAAAACGAAUAUUUAAAAAACCUUCUACGACCAAUAGAAGCCAAGGUAAACAAAAAUUUUGGAAACGAAGUGACAAUGGUUUGGAACCGAUCUAUACUAUGGACAGUUUAAUACCAGGCGUUACUAUCAAAUUUCCUGCAAACGUACUACGGGUUGCCGAACGGAAUGAAUAUCAUUCCGAUAGCACCAAUUUUCAGAGGAAAAAAGAACCUCUGCAGAAGUCCACGUCACAUGGAGUACAACACAAACUCAGCCAAAAUGCUAGUCAACAGAUGAAAUCGUUCGCUUCGGAACCUGAUUUGAGACUGACGUCAUUGAACAAGCAGAUGAUGAAGGAGAGGAGAUCCAAGAAAAAAUACAAGGCCCCUUCCCCACCUAACAGAACCGCUUCGAAAGAAAAGCCUUUAACAGAGUGGGAAGACAACUCGAGCGAUAACGAGUACUCAGUAAGACGACCAAGAUUGUACAAAACUAGGGCAGAAACAAAAAAAUCUAGUCAUGUAAUUAAGUCAAGUCCAGGUUCCCAAGACGGAUCGAAUCGUUUACCUUCUACUGUACCUACUGCACCUAACCAUAGACCUAACAGGUUGUCUUUACCAGAAAUGAAGUUUGCUGAUACAGAGGAAUUCCAGAAUGAGCUUCGAGAAGCUACCAAGAGACUGCGGCAUAUCAGUGUGGAGUCUCAGACUAUCAUGAAAUUUGAUCUUACCAAAGCAGGCAAUAAAGCAAAUGCCCAAGAAUCUUCUAAGGCAGAUAGUAAAAAUGUCAACUGUAUCAGAGGAGAGGCUUCUGGAAAAGAAUCUUCCAGUCAAGAGGCUUCUCCAAAGCUGCCACAGAAGGCGAAUAAGCCAGAACAAUCUAAGUUUUUCUAUUUUGGAAUGGAGGAACGUGGUAAUGGUGAUAUAACCACGUAUCGCACACCUCAAGUAAUACGAGCAUCGUCUGAUUCUGAUAUUUCCACAGAUAUAGACUCCGAUGAAAACAACGGCAAAGUGAAAAUCAACCUACAGCUACGACCUAUACUGCCAAAAAAACAGCUGGAGAUUCCCAGGUUUUCACCAGCAGAUGCGUGGAAGCUCCUCUCCACAAUCGAAGCAGCUACUGACAUAACAGUUGCUAGUGACGAUGCUUCUUUGUUUGUGGAGGAAAGCAUCGAAAAGUAUUCGAGACCACCGCCUACUCUGAUGCACAUGGGACCGCGAUCAAGCCACGACAAAUCGGGCGACUCUGGAAUAUCUGGGGACGAUGCGAUACAAUUGGCUGGGUUCGAUGAUCCAAUGGAACAUCAUGGGGUAAUCAAACAGAUACAGGUACCUUACAAAAAGCAAGAAAGAAUAUCUUGGACACCUCAGCAAGAUCUGGAAGACGACUCCAGUAUAGAAGAAUGUCUAAAUAGUAAAGUUCUCGAUCAAAGACCAAAAGCAGGUCCACACUUAUUCAGCUUGUCCUUGCCGAGGGACAACCAUUUGGCCAGUUACAUGAUAGAAAAGACACAUCAAACGAAUUAUAGUGGAUUAGAGAGAUUCAAGAAGUCCUUGACAGGUGUUUUGAACCAUAUCACACCCAAAAAGGAUGUUCUGCAAGCCAGUCUAACAGAUGAAGAUAGCGUAAACUGGUUUCUAAGCAAGUCUACAGCAAACUCUUUGAGUAACGGAUUUCACUCUUUGGAAAUGAAGAGGUCUGAUGAUUACGGUAAAUCCUCGAGAAUCAUGUAUUUGCCAGAGAUCAACAACAAUAUCUACAAUGUUUCAAAACAACACCACAAACCUCCAGUCCACUCAAAAUCAGUUGAAAACAUCCAUGUAGAGACCAGAGAGUCUUUACAAGAUCCGAUCGUAGAGAAUGUUUGGAAAGAAAAAAAAAAGUCGAAAAAGUUCACUUUUCAAAGUACAAUUAGACAAUUAGAAAAACGGAAUCUGUCGGAGAAACUAGCUAAGGAAGCUGAAAAAAGGGAACAAAAAAGACUGAUGGAGUUAGAAGCAAUGAGAAAGGUGGAAGAAGAGUUCCAAAGGAAGCGAGACAGAGAAAAAGCUAACAUAAAGCAACAAUUAAGGUCGUAUCGGACGGAUGAAGACACUGCGUGGUCCAGCCUGCCAUCCAAUUUAGAAAUGCAAAACAAGGUUAGGGCAGAACCAGAUGGAGCGAUUUCUUCUAGUCCUUCUCCACAAGCAUCUUUUGAAAAAUUGCUAGAUAACUUUGGAGGGUUUAAAGUUGCGCAGUCAAGGUCACAUGUCAAUAAAGUUAAAGCUACACAGGAGCUGUCUGAAUUCAAACAGACCGAAUAUUCUUACAAAGAAUACAGACUGAAGAAGAGGUAUUACAAUGAAGGACAUUCAAUAAGGCAAACGACUGUUCACCCGCAAGUUACUUGUCAUAUGCCGAAAGCGAAAGAGUAUGGAAAAAUGACGACUGGCAAGAAAGAUGUUGCGUGUGGUGUUGACAGUACGAUGUCGGUUAGCAGUUCAUACUCAGAAGAUUCCCAUCACUAUGGGAAAUAUGGUCCAAUAACAAGGUAAACAAAAUCAUCCGAAUUAAACUCUAAUAUUUGACCUUUUCAUAAAGGAAGUUUGGGAUGGUUGUAUAUUUUCGUGUAUUUUCAAAUGGAAUAUUCUGUAAUUAAUAGUUUUUGAGACAUGGUACUCAUACGCAUAAUAAUUUAGAAUUUAUGACAAAAAUUUUUUUGUCCAAGACUUAGAAAUAUAAGUAAUUUGAAUCCAUUUGAGCCCACCUACCAAAUAUUGUCCAUCUUUAGUCACAUUUCAAUGUUCCAGCCUUUCGUAAAAAAAUCCAUAGAAAUGCAGGUAAUCCGAUUUUUGUAUCUCAUUAAACAGGAUAUUAAGUUUGAGGGGUGAUUGCUUUGAUGAUCCAGAGAAGUUGAUAUUUAACCGUAGGUUCGACAAUGCUUUUUUGACCAAGUGAUCAAAAGAUCCGGUGAUUUUUCCUUUAGGGGAGUUUGGUUUCGUUGGCGUUUUUCUUACCCGAUUUCAGAUAAAUAUCCAGCUUUAUGUCAGCAAAUGCGGAGAUUUAACAAAUUUCAACAAAAUCGGCUGAAAAAUUAAUGAGAUCUAUAUUCCACAAAACUGUGCUUGAGC